CUUGCGGUGUAAACGUUCACCAGCCAUAACAUGGAAAAUCCGGCUGCAAAAUCAAGCUUCUGGGCUAAAAUCAUUGGCCUACAGUUGCACGAUUCCUACGAAACAGAAACCAAUGGCAAAACACCAUCACUUUCAAUCGUACGGAUACUCUACAGUAUCAUUCUGUUCGGUGCCUAUCUCGUUGGACUGUACAAAGCAGUAGAACUGACCUUCGUUGUAGAAUUUGCUGCAAACAGUCCAAGCAUUUUUAAAUUUGCGUACAUGACACAUAUCUACUCCGGCGUGCUGGCCACAAUCAUCUGUUACGCAUCGUUGUGGCGUACCGAUCGGAUGAAGUGUACCUACAUCGAAGGGAUUCAGGGUAGCAAUGUGAAGAUAAACGAUCGUUACUACAAAUUCCGCAACAUGCAGAUACCGAUAAAGUAUUCCAUCCUGGUUCCUUUUUCGAUUGGAAUGCUGAUUAUCUUAUCGGUUUGUGAAGCAUAUUCCCAGUAUAAUCAUGGAUAUUACUUCACGAUCAUUGCGAUAGUGUAUCCCCUGUGGAUGUUUCAUAUAACGAUUUUGGAAUUCACAACGCUGGUCAAAUCCACGGAGUGCAUUCUAACCAAACUGAAUUGGAUGUUAGAUACGUUUCUGGAAAGCUUGCAAAGACAGUCCACACCAAGUGUGAUGCUCAAGGGAGAGAAGAAUCCCACCAAUAAGGUGUAUCCUCUCAACCGUCGACCGUACGUGCAGGAGCACGAGCUGAUCAGCGGUGAACGGCUGACGUACAUGUUCGUGAUACACGAGAACGUGGCCAAGCUGGCCGAAUUCAUCAACGGUGCAUACUCGACUCAGAUCAUUGCGAUCGUGACGGUAACAUUCGUCAACACACUGUUUGGGUUUUUCAUUGUAACUAAGCUCCUAUUUUGGAACUAUCAAAUGGUCGACCUGAUACUACGGGCGUGUCGAUAUGCGUUCGAGUGCAUUCCUGCUUGCUUGCUCGUUUAUUACAUGCUGAUUGUGUGUGCAUCAACCCACAGUGAGCUAUUUAAAUCUGCCUCUUUGCUGCACAAGCUUCUGCAGUACAAAUCCAACUACUUCAUCGACGAUCAAGCACUGUUCGAACGAUCGAAAGCCAUCGCCCUGCAGCUGUUGCAUAGGAAGCGGUUUUCGCUGUUCGACGGAAGCGGCUUGUUCAGAUUGGACUUUACGUUCAUUUUUUCGGUUUUCAGUGCUGCAACCUCGUACCUAAUUGUGCUGCUUCAAUUUGAUCUAUCUAAAGACCUAGAGAAGUCCACAAUCACAGCUUAAGGCAAUGAGCAGUUGUGUACCAAAUUCUAUUUUCAAGCUUGUUUGUCGCUCUGUUCGGUGUUAUUGGCAUUAAAAAUAAUGUACUACGAGAUUCAAACGAACAUCCGACAAACAACUUAACGAUCAGUGUGUUGUGUAUCACCAGUGCGUCUCCAUUAGAUCCAAAGCGUGU